GUUGAUAUUUAAAGUUCAUCUUAGAAAGGAUUAAUGUUGUUUAAAGUUUGAAAAAUAUGGGGGUCAUGUUUCUCAAUCACACUAUAAGCAGCUCAACGUUAAGUAUUUAGUCUCUUAGGUUAAGCCACUUAGACAACAAAAAUAACUAGUUUUGUAAUUGUAAAUGGUAGCUUAAUUCUAUGUUAAAGUGAAUUUAUAUUAAUGUUCUUACAAUAAUUAUCUUGAAAUGAGUGCAGAACCCAGUACUUCAAUUAAUACUGUUGAUAAUAAAGCUGUCAACAAUGAUUCUGACUAUGAUGAAGGUUUAGACAUUCCAGAUGAAACUCAUCACGGAGUAACGUUUUCUAGUGAUGAAAAAGAUGGUGAAGAUCAAGAACCAGUCACAGCGUUACCAUUCAAGACAGUCCAUAACACUCCUGUGAAAUUCAAAGCACCCGUUCGGAAAGUUUUUAUUCCGAAUCAAAGGAUCGAACUACAAAUAAUCGACCAUGAACGCAGUGUCACCUCGCACAUACUCAAUCCGUACUUAUAUACAAUCGAGCUGGUUCACGGCUCUUUCUCUUGGACCAUUAAGAAGAGAUACAAGCAUUUCCAAUUACUGCACAGUCAGCUGAAAAUAUACCGUGCCACCCUGAACAUUCCUUUUCCAACAAAGACACAUCGAGAGAGGCGGACCAGUUUCAAGCAUGAUCUCAACAGAACAAAACGUUCCGCUGGUGGUCUGCCUAGGUUUCCUGCUAAACCAGAUGGUCUCAUACCUGAGGAGCAGAUCGAAUCCAGAAUCCAAGAACUGCAGGAAUAUUUGAAAGCGUUGCUGAGGAUUCCGUUGUACAGGAAUCAUCAUGAAACGUUAGCGUUCCUGGAGGUGAGCGAGCUGUCGUUUGUGGGCGGUCUGGGGGGCAUGGGGGGCAAGGGCAAGGAGGGGGCCAUUUUGAAGCGCACGCGCAGUACACGACCUGCAGCCAGUGCUCAGUGCAACCUGUGCGGACUCAUGGACGCCGCGCUCUGUGUCAGAUGUCAGUUUGUAUGCGGUGACGUAUGCGGUGCGUGGCGCAACCGGUGGCUGCUAGUGAAGGACUCGUGUGUGGCAUACGUCCGUCCGCGUGACGGCCGUCUGCGAUGCGUCAUGCUAUUUGACGCAGCGUUUGAAGUCAGCUCGGGUCUUUUCUCUACGGGGCUGAGGCGAGGAUUGCAUAUCACCAACGCUUGCAGGCAAAUAACGAUAAAAUGUCCUACAAGGCGAACGACGCGAGAAUGGAUGGCUUACAUAAAAGAUUCAGCUCAUAAAAUUGGUUUCUCGAGCCAGUGCCGGUACACGUCGUUUGCGCCGGUGCGUGACGCGGAGGUGUCGCGUGCCGCGUGGCUGGUGGACGGACGCAGCUAUAUGGCAGCUGUGGCCGAUGCCAUGGAGGCAGCCAAGGAGGAAAUCUACAUCGCCGACUGGUGGCUCAGUCCUGAGAUCCACAUGAAGCGACCUGCGCUGCAUGGAGAUUACUGGAGACUGGAUCAUAUCAUACGACGGAAAGCGGAAGCUGGAGUGAAAAUCUUCCUACUACUCUACAAAGAAGUUGAAAUUGCUCUGGGUAUCAACAGCUUCUACAGCAAGCAGACUAUUGCAAAGUGUCAUCCUGAAAAUGUCAAGGUGCUGAGACACCCGGACCACACAAAGGCGGGGGUGUUCCUGUGGGCGCACCACGAGAAGGUGGUAGUGGUGGAUCAGAGUGUGGCGUUUGUAGGGGGCAUUGACCUCUGUUACGGUCGAUGGGACGAUCAUCACCACAGAUUGACCGAUCUUGGCAGCAUUAAACAUCGUGACAGCAGCGCAGUUAUUACAGCUGAAAGUGCAGCGUUAGCAGAAAAUGCAGCAGCAGCAGCAGCAACAGCCGAACAGAGUAGCAUUGUCUCAUUGGUCAAGAUGACAAACUCACUCAGUGUGGGCGUGGUCAAGCUGUCUAGUCAGUCCGAAGACAGUAUGAAAAUAGUGAACGAUACGAAUAACCCAGCAGAACCUAACACUAGUGAAAUGAAUGGCAACGUUGUUAACGAGCCAGGCCCGGAGAACUAUAAGGGAGACACUCCUGAAAUGCAGCGAAAAAAUAUUCUCUCCAAGAUGAAGGAAAAUGUACGCAAUAGGGGACGGGAGUGGAAAACGUUCCUUUUCACAUCGGACGAAGACGAAGAAGAUGAUGAUGAAGAUGGAGAUAAAGAAAAGACACAUCAUGAUGAUGACGUCAUUAAUGAUGACGUCACAGACGAUGGCACUGACUGCUCAAGUCGAAUUACUCAGCAAACAGCAGACAUAGGGGACGGACUUAUCGAAGAUGGCGGGAAAGGCCCGGCAACCGCCAUUUUGAAGGACUUUGAAGGACUUACCGGCUCGGCUAAGCUGUGGUAUGGCAAGGACUAUACCAACUUCAUUGUCAAGGACUUUGACAAUCUGGAUCUGCCGUUUCAAGACCUGGUGGACCGUUCACAGACUCCACGCAUGCCUUGGCAUGACAUCGGCGCAUGCGUGGUAGGUGCGCCCGCACGCGACGUUGCGCGUCACUUCAUCGAACGAUGGAACGCCAUCAAGCUGGAAAAGGCGAAAACGAAUCCGUGCUAUCCUUAUCUGCUGCCAAAGUCCUACUCGAAUGUGCAAACCGAAUUUGAAUUCAUCACAACUAGAACCUACCAGGUUUCUUGUCAGGUAGUUCGCAGCGUGAGCCAAUGGUCGGCGGGCUUUCUGGACAGUGAGACGUGGGAGGCAUCGAUUCACGAGGCGUACGUGGGCGUGAUUGGCCGCGCGCGUCACUACGUCUACAUCGAGAACCAGUUCUUCAUCACGGCCGUGUCCUCGGCCGCCAGUCCGGUGCGCAACCAGGUUGGAGACGCGCUUUACAAGCGCAUUCUGCGCGCGCACCGUGAGCGAAAAACAUUCCGGGUCUACGUGGUGAUACCCUUGCUGCCAGGGUUUGAAGGCGAGGUUGGAACCCCCACUGGAACAGCUUUGCAUGCCAUCACUCACUGGAACUACGCCUCCAUCUCAAGAGGCAAAGACUCGUUGAUAGCUCGACUAAAAGCGGCCGGGGUGGCUCAGCCCGACGAUUACAUUUCGUUUCACGGCCUCCGCACACAUUCUGUGCUUAACGGAAAAUUGGUUAGCGAGUUGAUCUACGUGCAUUCCAAACUGUUGAUAGCAGAUGAUAGAGUGGCCAUCAUUGGAUCGGCCAACAUCAAUGAUCGAAGUCUGCUGGGCAAACGAGACUCGGAGAUUGCUGUUGUCAUAGAGGACGAGAGGUUCACGAAAACAGAGUGGGACGGCGUCGAGGUGGAGGUCGGCCAUUACUGCGGCUCGCUGCGUCGUCGACUGUUCCGGGAGCACCUGGGUCUGCUAGAGUCGGCAGAACGGCCGAUAUCUGUCAAGGACGGCCGAUCAGCUGAUCUCGGUCAAGGUCGUUCGACCUCUGUGAUGGACCCGAUCGGCAGUCAGUUUUAUGAUGACGUGUGGCGUGCUACCGCUAGGGCCAACACUGAUAUAUACGAACAGGUAUUCCAAUGCAUUCCGAGCGACAAAGUGACCUGUUUUGACGCGUUGAAGCGACGUCAAUACGAAACGCCAUUGGCUCAGUCCGAUCCUGACUCAGCAGUACAGCUGCUACAAAAUGUCAAGGGCCAUCUUGUGAUGCUUCCACUAGAGUUCCUCAGUAACGAAGUUCUAACACCAAAUCCGAACACGGUGACUGGUAUGAUGCCAACAUCUCUCUGGACUUGAACUUCAAAACUCAUCUGAUUUUCGGUGAGGAAUGAGAUUUAUUUAUUGCAAAUCUUGCCGAAUUCCAAAACGUAUCUGAGUUUUGGUAAAGAAUGAAUUAUAUUCAUUACAAAUUUGUCUUAUAGAUAAUCAGAAUUACUGUACGUACUCUUUGAGGCAUUCAUUGAAUUGACUACUAUAGUGAGGCCCACGUUAUAAUGACAGUAUUUGAUCAACUUUGGUUUUGCUAUCCUUGUCUAUCUUUCGACAAAGCCGGUGGUACUAUCCUUUUCUAGGUCCACAACGGUGCCAAUUAUAUUUUUGACAGUGUAGAAAUAUGAUUAAUUAAUGCAGAGAAUCGGCAUCGCUAUUCUUCUAUCUUUAUUCAUUGUCAUUAUAACGUGGACCUCACUAUAGUUUAUCUUGUCUAGUUAGUACCAAUUCAUCUUUGUUUUAUUUCAUUAUUAUUUUAGUUAGUAUUAAUUGAUUUUUAUAUAUGUCAGGCUAGCUAUUUGACAAUCUCAAUUUUCGAGAGAAUUCAAUAGUGGAUUCUGAAGAAUUCAAAAGUAGAUUUUUUAAAGGUAAUAUAAAUUGAGUUUUAUAAGUUACAAGUAAACCAUUUGAACAUUUCAAUCAUUAAGAGAAUUGAAACGUGGAUUCUGAUGAAUUAGUCCUGAAAAAAUAUUCUUUAUAGACCAUCUUGUCUAUAUAGUCUUGUAAGGUAUGGUAAACUAUAGUGAGGGGCACGUUAUAAUGGCAGAAUUCUAUCAACAUUGGUGUUGCUAUCCUUGUCUAUCAUUCUACAAAGCAAAUCACGCUAUCCUUUUCUAGCUCCGAAACGUUCCUAGAUCGUUUUUUAACA